GAUGAGAGCCUCUGGACCAGCAUAAAGAUCCCCUGAAUCGGGAAGGUUGAGCGGCCUCAUUCUACAACAGUACCUGGCUGGGACAGCAUGGAUUCUCUCCUGAGCUACAGAAGAGGUAGCAGCAGCGACAAACAUUUUGAUGUUGGAGGCUGACCCCGACAUAGCCAUCGACCAUCGGAAUACUAAGGCUGGAGUCUCUAUAGAGACAUGAACUGCUGUCCUUGAUCCACAGUGCGUUAUGGUGUGAGCAGGACUAAGCAGCGCUCCCACACAUCCCCUCCCACCCGGGCACCAAGCCAUGUCUCCUCUCUCUGCCCUGGGUGUUUUCUGUGGAUUGUUCCUUCAUAUAUGUCUCAGUAAAUACAACACUCACAGUUGUAUCCCACGGAAGAGUGUCCUCUACCAGGGUAAACCCUUCACUGUCUCCUCUGCCCUGUUUUCACAUAACGGUGCAGUGAACUGCAUCUGUUUCCUCAAAUACUAAAAAGUUAGCUAAAUGACAUGUCCGUUUUGCUUAAUUUAUAACUAGUGAAUGAACACGCACACAUAGUUUGUGAUACUUAGUUUUCAUUGAGUUGUCUAAUGCUUUCCUGUUUUAGGCAAUAUGAAACUGUUCAGAGAGGAAGGGAUUUGGAACUACUCCACCAUGUUGGUUCGAGAGGAUCUGGGCCUGCUGCUGCUCGGGGCUCGAGAGGCAGUCUAUGCCCUGGACAUCAAUGAUAUCUCCAUCAAGAAGUCUGGGGUAGGAACCUCUGUUUAUUACGGCUAUUCAGUUAUCUUGUUUACUUAUCAGUUAUCCUGUAUCAUUUGCCUACAUGAUUUGAAUACAUCACAAAUGGACUGCAAUAAAAAGGUCUGCUAUACCUUCUUUGCGAUGACCUAAUACCAAUGCCUUCGAACCAUAAAAUCAUUACCUAGAACAUACUUUAACGUGCAGCUCUCUGUUGUGUCAGGUGUAUUGGCGGGUCACUGAGGAGAAACAGAGGGAGUGCACAUACAAAGGGAAACGCGCUGAAGUAAGUGGCUCCAUCAAUCACAAAACAAUUCUCCACACAGACAGCUGUGAAGUGGUAUGCUGCCAGUUGUUUAUGAAGACACCCAAUGAAGACAUAACAAACAAACAGAUACAAACAUUGAAAUCUGUACAUUACUAUACCACCCUUGACAUUUCUCAUCCCUGUCCUGUUGCAGAUCGAAUGCCGUAACUACAUCCGGACGCUGCAUAAAGCGGAUGACAGCAGAAUGUAUGUGUGCGGGACAAAUGCUUUCAGCCCCACUUGUGAUUACAUGGUAAUUAUAAACUGGGUGGUUCGAGCCCUGAAUGCUGAUUGGCUGACAGCCGUGGUAUAUCAGACCGUAUACCACGGGUAUGACAAAAACAUUAUUUUUACUGCUCUAAUUAUGUUGGUAACCAGUUUAUAAUUGCAAUAAGGCACCUCAGGGUUUGUGGUAUAUUGCCAAUAUACCACGGCUAAGGGCUGUAUCCAGGCAUUCCGUGUGGCAUCGUGGCUAAAAACAGCCCUUAGCCGUGGUAUAUUGGCCAUAUACCACACCCCCUCGUGCAUUAUUGCGUAAGUAUAGCUUGGCCUGAACAGGACAGCUAGGACAUCUCCCUGUAAGAAUAGCUCUGUUUGAAGCGAUCAUGUGACUGCUGUAGGAAGACAGUUGUCACACUGAAUAUUUACUGUGAGUGGGAAAUGUAUGCAUACUACAGACACCUGCCCUCUGUAUCUCUACUGUUAGUGGCUACUGAGUGUAACUCAUUUUGCCCUCUGGAGUUUAGUAUAAAAUAUAUUCCUACCGCUCUCUCACUGAAGCAACUGUGAAUGAAUAAAACGAAUAGUUGCUUUGUUUGUGACCCUGACAGACCUACUCUGAAGGACAGCUGAGACUAGAAGAAGUGCAGGAGGAGGGAAAAGGGAAAUGCCCCUUUGAUCCCUUCCAGAAAUACUCCUCCAUCAUGGUCGGUAUGUACUGUGACUGUCUGUCUUUAGUUAUCUGCUCUCACACAAGGACAGAACAGUGCACCCAGUGAAGUUCAAAGUUAACCAACUGCAAAGUAGGGUUGUGCUAUCAAAGGUGCAAUCUCUAGCUUUCAUUUUCUGUUAAAAGUGCUGCUGCUGCACUUGUUUGUAAAGUGAAGGGGGUGGGUCUUUGUGAAUUGAACAGUUUUUUUGCUUUUUGGCUGAAUGUGUUCAUAGUAGCUUGAGUUACCAGUGGCACAAUGAAAGAGAUUGCACCUGUAAUUCUCCAAAUUAGUUUUGUUUGACUAAUAUUUACAAUAUUAUUUACUUUGCUAGAAGAUCCAUUUUCCUCUGUUGUGAUUCUUGUCAUGUCUCUGGUCUGCCAGGAAAUGACCUGUACUCUGCUACCUCCAUCAACUUCCUGGGCUCAGAGCCUGUGGUUCUCCGCAGCUCCUCCUCUGUGCUCCGCACUGAGUUCAAGAGCUCCUGGCUCAACGGUCAGCUCUCCCACUCUGUUCAUACUUGUGUUAUAAACUUGUAUACUACUAUACACCAUGCCUUAUGGUGCACACGUGAAUAGUAUAUAUCUCCUAACACUUGAAGAUUAAGUUAGAAUGGCAAAAUGUAUCCAAAGCAUUUUACAUACUUCUGUGCCUUGAGUAAUAGCCUAGAUCCUAUAGGUCUCUGUGGUUUUAAUGAUAAAACUGAACUUCAACUGCUCCUGUUAAACAGGUCCUGACAGGUAGCGUAAUAAGUGCUCAUUGUGAUUUCAGAGCCAAACUUUGUAUACAUGGACCUUGUCCCCGAGAGCAAUAACAACCCAGAGGGUGAUGACGAUAAGGUCUACCUGUUCUUCAGCGAGAACGCCAUGGAGUAUGACUUCUACAACAAGCUCAUGGUGUCACGAGUGGCUCGUGUCUGCAAGGUAGCAACUUGCUCCAAAUUUACUUUCAGCUGCAAGAAGUUUCAUUGGCCCAUACAUGGUAUUUUAAAUAUAAAGAAAGGACAGUAUGUGUAUACUGUUUAAACAGUGCAAGGGUAUAAUGUGUCAAAUCAAAUUUUAUUUGUCACAUACACAUGUUUAGCAGAUGUUUUUGCGGAUGUAGUGAAAUGCUUGUGUUUCUAGCUCCAACAGUGCAGUAUAUCUAACAAUUCACACAACCUAAAAGUAAAAUAAAGUUAUUAAGGAAUAUAGAAAUAUUAGGAUGAGGAAUGUCGGUGGCAUAGACUAAGAUACAGUAGAAUAGAAUACAGUAUAUACAUAUGAGAUGAGUAAAGCAAAAAUAUGUAAACAUUAUUAGUGACUAGUGUUCCAUUAUUAAAGUGGCCAACAUUUUUAGUGACUAGUGUUUCAUUAUUAAAGUCAAUGUAUAUGGGGCAGCAGCCUCUAAGGUGCAGGGUUACGAAACCUGGUGGAAGCCGCCUAGUGAUGGUGUGCAUGUGUCUUCUCUCCAAAAGUAUGAACUUGUUUAACUAGAACCAAUGUUGUCUCUCACACUGUGUGUAGGGGGAUAUGGGCGGCCAGCGGACACUCCAGAGGAAGUGGACGUCGUUCCUGAAGGCUCGUCUGGACUGCUCUCUGCCAGAGCCCAGCCUGCCAUCCAUUGUACAGGAUGUCUUCCUGCUCAAAAAUGAUGACUGGCGCAAAAGUGUUUUCUACGCAGUGUUCACUCCCCAGUCGUGAGUAGUCUGUAGAAUCCAGUGAUUUUAGACUUGAGAACAUUGUUUCAGUGGGAAGUGGACUGUUUCUAAUCUUUGCGAUAUUCUGACUCUGUUGCUUUAAGCGCAUGUUUACCAUAAUCAUAGGGCCAGGAGGUUAACGUAGGGCCCUAACCAUGAUAUACUUGAGGUUUGAAAACAUCAAACAUGUUUUUCUGACUGUUUGCACUAGGAGCUCGUCCGACAUGUCUGCAGUGUGUGCGUAUAGUGUGUCAGCCAUCGGAGACGUGUUUGAUAAGGGGAAGUUUAAGACGCCAGUGACUGUGGAGACGUCCCAUGUGAAGUGGGUCAUGUACAGUGGAGAGGUGCCCACCCCAAGACCUGGAGCUGUAAGUCCCAUUUUAAUAUAAUUGUGAAGAUCGAAAUGGUUUACGGCCACAAAAGGAAAUUAUCUACUUUUUCUACAGAUCAGCUACUAACUCAGUAAUAAAUGUAUUAUUAUUACCACUCAUCAAUCCUCUGUUUUUUCAGUGCAUUAACAACGCAGCAAGGGCCCUUGGGAUGGAGCGCUCCCUGGACCUGCCAGACAAGACCCUGCAGUUCAUCAGGGACCGGCCCCUCAUGGACGAGGCCGUGCACCCGCUGACCGGCCGUCCGCUGCUGGUCAAAAGGGGAGCCAUGUUCACACGCCUGGUGGUGGACAGCGUGCUAGCUCUGGACGGGGAGAGAUACGCAGUCAUGUUCAUCGGCACAGGUACUGAAUAGGACACACACAGCCCCAAAACAGACUUCUUCUGGCAGUGGAUCUCAGACAAUGACAUGGGCGUCGUUCUCUCCCCACAGAGAACGGCUAUGUGCAGAAGGCAGUGAACUACGCUAGGGAGAUGUUCAUCAUUGAAGAAAUACAACUGUACCAGACCCCAGAGGCUAUCAGGACCCUGCGUCUCUCUAGCACGGUAACAAUCACCCAGUCAAUCAAUUAAAACUUGAUUUUAAAUAGCGUUUUAAACAAAUACAUUUGUUACUAAGUAUUUAUCGGCAACUCGGGUUUAAACCCCCAAGCAAGGUGCAGCACCAACUUUGUAUUGACAUCCAUAUGGUCAUUCACAUAAUAUCAACAUAAGGAUUUAACUGGAUCAAUGUCAGUUUGUUGUCUCCUGGCAUUUCUGUAGACAGAUGGUUACUCAUUUACUAUUUAUUUCCUUAGUACAAUAGUGCAUUCAAGGAGAAUGGCACCCGGUCAUUGCUGUUACUAACAGCGGGUGAAGUAGGCUCAUCGAGCUGCUGAUUCUCAUGUGGUAUUGGUUUGUGUUCUUGUUUCCCCAGGGUCAGCUGUAUGCAGGCUCUGAGUAUGGAGCUGUGCAGAUGCCUCUGAGUGACUGUGGCCGUUAUGAGUCGUGUCUGGACUGUGUCUUGGCCAGAGACCCUUACUGUGGCUGGGACCUUUCCACUGGCCUCUGCUCUGCUGUGGCCAGCUCACUCUCUGCCUCAGACACCACGUACGAUCCAACACACACCUGCUUUUCGAGUAAUGUGAUUUAGAAUUUCAGUAUACCAUAUUUAUAGUAUUUUUUUAUUUUUCAGGAACAUGAUUCAAAGUCUAAAAGAUGGUGACAACUCACAAUGUCCGAAAUCAGGUAAAUGGAUUUCACAAUAUUUAAUUGUUCAGAUCCCAGCACACUAUCAACAAAUGACAGAGUAUAGACCAACUGUAGUUACUACUUACUUUGUUUGUGUGUGUAUUGCAGAGACCAUGAAGCCAGAGAACUACACCUUAGUUCCUGGCAACAACAUCAAGCUGCCGUGCCAGCCUGACUCCAACCUGGCACAGGUACAGUGGCUCUUCUCAGGGCAACCGCUGCUCUCUGACACCAAGUACUACAUCUACAACGAGGGCAUCCUCAUCCUCAAUGCCUCUGCCACCGAUGCCGGCCAGUACACCUGUGAGUCUGUUGAGCAGGUGAACAGCCGACCGUACACCAGGACAAUGGCAGUCUAUCAACUGUGGCCCCACACUAACAUAGAGGAGGAGCAGAGUGAGACGACGACAGAGUCCCCCCAUAGUCACAGUACCCCAUUACCAGAGCUCCCGGAGGAGCCAAAAACUUUGGAUACCCCUCUCCCCCCUGAGUCACAGUGUGAAGACAGCAGGGUGGUAGGGCUGCAGGUGGUGGUGGUGAUCCUCUCUCUGAUGCUGGUUGGUCUAGUAGCCUGGAAUCUGUAUAAAGGAUGCUUUAGAAACAGAUUCUCCGAGAACUCAGGCUCUGGCCAGGUGAAAAGGCUGUCGGUUGACAUUCAAAACAAUAUAACUUCAGAGUUCAAGCUGCUGGGACCUACACCCAGUCACAGUGCUGACAAGAAUCACCAUGCUAUCAUAGCCUUCAAAGGGAAUGGGGAACACCACUUCUCUCCUGGAAUCAACAUUUCCACUGUGGAUGGUUUGGGGUACAUUGAUGAUGAGUCAGAGAUCUGACCCUCAGUGUUCACCACUCUCUGGGGUUUGCGCUCUCUCACCAGGCAGCUGAUUUAAGACACUAGCGCAGUGUCAAGCUCUGGACAUUGGACUUGUGUUGGGCACGUUUGUGUUAUUUUUCUAGGAAUUGUCCUUAACAUUUGCCCACCA